AUGCCGCCGCCGGAGAACCCCUUCGCUCACUUCGUUCACUCUCAAGCACGCCGCAAGUCCGAGUCCGCUGCAAUCCCAAUUCACGACCGGGAUGUCAAGCGCGACACUGCGACAAGCUCUACGGCGCGAAAUCCCUUUGCGCCUCCGGUUCCACCAAAGGACGAGCCGUAUAAGACGGCGUCCACUUCAUCCGCGAUCAGCGGGACAGGGAAUACUCUGAGUGCCUUGGAGAAAGAGUGGAUGCUUAACGACUGCAUUCAGCCGAAGUCGGUAAAUGAAGAUAGGCUGAGACAGGAAUACUCACCGAAGAGUAUGAGGGCGGUAGAUGAAAGCGAAAGCCGGGACGGAAGAACACCCGCCCGCCGGAUACAUCCAGCUUUGAGGUCGAUCUCAUCACCGCCACGAAGCUUUAUAGCCCUCCGGGAGAGUGUCCAAGAUAGCGGGGUCGACGUGUUCAGUCCCGUAACCUCCAGCGAUGCAACAUCGGAUGACGCCAACAGCGAAGUCAUGCCGAAGGCCACAAAGCGCGACACCGUCGCCGAUCUAUUCAGCGAGAUAAUGGGAACCGGUAAAGCGCCACGCCUACCGCGUCAGAGAGUGCUAGACGAAGUAUCUACACGUUCCGCCGUGCCACCUCCCCUGCGUAUACCCAGCAAGCCCAAGCCUUCGCCUCGUGGUAGCGCCCUACCCCCGACGACGCACAAGUACAACAAGCUAGAGCUAGGCGGCCGUCCUUCACUCCAGAUCGUAACGACUUUCGCCGAGCCCAGAACCGCACCAGAGCCCCUCGCCAAUCGACGUAGUUACACGAAGCGCAUGAGUCACGGGCACGGUCGUAAGGACAGACCAGCACGCGCAUCUAUGAUGCGAUGGAGUCUCUUCCAGAAAGAUGCGCAAGUACCACCACCGCCGCCAGUGCCAGAACCACGGAAUGAGACUCCGCCCAUACCCCGGAAGAGCAGCAAGAGAGGCAGGAGUAUCACCUUGCGAGAGCCAUUGCUACCCAAGAAGAGCACAUCUCCUCUUGGAGAAAGUCCACCACCGCCUCUCCCCAAGCAACGGCGCGCGCAAACCUUUCCUGCGCAAAAAAGCUCUCACAAACUGCGGAAGGAUUCGGAUAUACGUCUUUCACCCACCCUGCCUCAGCGCAGGAACACGCAUCACAUCACCGUGAACAGGAUGCGCGAUCCUGAUGAAGCUUUCGAGGAACUUAUCGCGCUUCGCAGACGUGCGACCGGUGAUGUUGACGGAGGCGCACUCACGGUGCCUGGUAGGGCAAAUAGCAAAAUUCACAGCAAGUAG